UUAGGAAAAACCAAACCCUUUCUGUUCCAAAAUUGCAUUUAAGUUAGAAUAGGAGAGCUGUGAAAUCGAAUCCUUGUCUACUCUGCUGAGGAGAAAAAAGGCAAGAAGCUGUUCAUCAUGUGUGUCGUUGAGGAAGCCAUCGAGCCACACAACAUAGUCAGUUUCAAUUGAACAGUGGUCUGUGACAGACGUUCUAGUCAAUUUUUUUUCAUAAUACUCCGUCGGAAACUAUUCAUGAGCGAAAGAGUCAAUAAGGAAAUUUUACAAAAAAAUAAACAUAAAAAAGUGAAUAAAUAAUUAUGUGAACUCGUGAUUUUAUGAGAUAUCGAUAUACAGUUUGUGGCAUCAAAGGACGAAAUAUUAAAGGAGUACAUUUUAAAAAAGAUGGAAGAGUCUCCGUCGGCCGUAGAAAAUCCUACGAGAGAUACGAAAAUCACGCGGAUACCUAAACCCUUCUCCAUUGAGAGUCUUAUUGCUACAACACCAUCAUCCUUUACAACAUAUCCAGACACAUCUAUCGAGUCACAUUCAAAUCUGACACCUUUACACCCACCUUCGACACUCGCUUUGCCCAACUUUCCCCUUUAUAGCCACCCAUGGUUGGGUUACCUGACCCAGCACUUCCUAGAUGGAUCCACCGAAACCUCUGUGUCGAGAGAAAAAUUAUCAGAAAUGUUCCUUGAUCCACGAUAUGCCCUGCUUAAUGCUGCAGCAACAGAUCGUGAAAAAUUGGCACAGUGUUUUGUAAAUAAUAUUAAUAAAUCCCCAUCAAUCAACGACUCCAGGGAUAGGGUAUCAGAUAUUUUGAUAUCUGAUUAUUCAUCCUUUUCCGCAAGUGACAAUAUAAAUAAAUUUUCUGAUGAUCGACGCAUAUCUAUGCAAGUAUUUUCAUCAAAAGUAGAGGAUCCCGAAAAAGCAGGAGUAGAUGUUGAGAGCACAGAUUCUUGUAGUGAUUUAAGCAUGACAAUGUCACCUGAUGGAAGUCAUAAGAACAGAGAUCUUUAUCCGUCCGAUUCGGAAUGCUCUGAGGAUGGUAAUAUGAGUUUAAGUACGUCCUCUGCACGUCAUGCAGGAAAUGCCGAUGGAGCAAAGCAAUCUACAUGUGGAAAUUCAUCGAAAUCUCGGCGAAGACGAACUGCUUUUACUUCAGAGCAGUUAUUAGAAUUAGAACGAGAAUUUCAUGCCAAAAAGUACCUUAGUCUUACUGAAAGAAGUCAAAUUGCGACAACUCUUAAACUGAGUGAAGUUCAGGUGAAAAUUUGGUUCCAAAAUCGACGAGCCAAGUGGAAAAGAGUCAAAGCUGGAUUGACAUCCCAUGGACUUAAUCGUGGAUCGUCCGGUAGUACAUCAGGAUCCACCAACAAAAUUGUUGUUCCCAUUCCUGUCCACGUAAACCGUUUUGCUGUGCGAUCACAACAUCAGCAUAUGGAGAAAAUGGGCCUCAGUGGACCAAAACCAGACCUAAGGAAAAAUCCCUCAAUUGAUGUGAGUGGCUUUGAACGUUUCAAUAUGGAAAUGGGAAUGAAGCAGAAAAAUUUUUAAUUUAUAAAAUUUUCACAUUAGUAAUAUGAAUAUAAAAGAAAAAAUCUAUUUGAAGAAAAUAUGAGUACAGUACUAUCAUAAAAGUGUAGAGAAUUUAUUUGCACUAAUAAAUAUAAGAUUUUUUCAGAAAAGUA